UUAGGAAGGAGACAAAAGAAGUAUUUGAAAACCUCUCGCCAAUCCGAUGGCUGAAGCGACGGCUGUGAACAAAGCCUUUCGCCAAUUCCUAUUAAAGUUUUAUUUUUGUUGCACAUUUGAGCAAGGACCUUCCUUCUUUGUUCUCUCUCGGUCCUUAUCUCUCCUUCCUCAACAUCACGCCUCAGGCUUCAUCAGUCAAUAGGUACGCUGCUCGCAUCAAAGCUCGAAACGAUUUAAUUUAAAAACCGUUUCAAGAAGAACAACGGAAAAUAAUUGUAAUCACUCUGUAAUCAGAGUCACGGUUUGCAAAAGAGGGAUCGUUGAGGCAGAUAAGCAAAUGGCUUUAGUUCCAACUACUAUCCCCGAUGGACCCGUCGUCACCGAGGUUGAUAUGGGCGCUGACUCCGCCACUCCUACGCUUCGUGCAACUGUCGUUCAAGCUUCAACCAUCUUCUACGACACUCCCGCUACUCUAGAUAAGGCAGAGAGACUGAUUGCCGAUGCAUCUGCAUUGGGGUCGCAGUUGGUUGUGUUUCCGGAGGCUUUUAUUGGUGGUUAUCCUCGGGGUUCAACCUUUGGUGUCACUAUUGGUGCCCGUUCCCUCAAGGGUAAAGAAGAGUUCCGGAAAUAUCAUGCAGCUGCAAUUGAUGUACCAGGACCUGAAGUUGAUCGACUGGCAGCAAUUGCUGGAAAGUACAAAAUUUAUUUAGUGAUGGGUGCAAUAGAGAGAGAGGGAUACACCCUCUAUUGCACGGUUCUGUUUUUCAAUUCUCAAGGGCAGUACCUUGGGAAACACAGGAAACUUAUGCCAACAGCAUUGGAGCGUAUAAUGUGGGGUUUUGGAGAUGGAUCUACGAUUCCUGUAUUUGAGACUCCGAUUGGGAAGAUAGGUGCCCUCAUUUGCUGGGAGAACCGAAUGCCUCUAUUGAGAACAGCAAUGUAUGGUAAAGGCCUUGAGAUAUAUUGCGCACCUACAGCUGAUUCAAGGGAUGUAUGGCAGGCAUCCAUGACCCAUAUUGCUCUUGAGGGAGGAUGCUUUGUUCUAUCUGCAAACCAGUUUUGCAGAAGGAAAGAUUAUCCACCUCCACCAGAAUAUGUGUUUGCAGGUACAAAUGAAGAUCUCUCACCUGAUUCUGUUGUAUGUGCCGGUGGCAGUGUCAUUAUUUCGCCAUCAGGGCAAGUCUUGGCAGGACCUAACUAUGAAGGAGAGGCUCUCAUCUCGGCUGAUCUAGAUCUUGGAGAAAUAGUACGGGCAAAGUUUGAUUUUGAUGUGGUCGGGCACUAUUCAAGGCCUGAUGUACUGAGCUUGACUGUGAGGGACCACCCAACUAAGUCAGUUUUCUUCACCUCAGCAGAAGAAAUGGAAAGCUCCCAGAAAUCUUUGUAGCUUCAUUGUACUGUGUUGGCUAUUGGGCACAACAUUCCAUCACUAACAUAGAGAUCCUAGUACUGUAGUCAUGGUCCCCCAUAUUGUUGAAUCUGGAAUUUAUCUAGUGUCCUAUACAUCUAACCGGGGACAUUUCCUUUAGUAGGAUACUACACAUUAUACAGGCUGAAAGUGGGUUGUUUGUCAUUUUAAAUGUUUUGGAUUGUGGUAACUGAGUGCAGACUUUAGAGGCUAUUUUUUUAAUUUGUGAUGCUUCGAUUCAUCA